CCAAGGUUGGAAAAUCACGGAAUCAUGGAAUCACCAAGGUUGGAAAAGACCAACAAGAUCAUCCAGUCCAGCCAUCCACCUGCCACCAACAGUUCUCACUAACAGAUCAUCACACACAACUUCAAGGGUAACUUAUGAAGCACCGUAGCCCAGCCUGUUUUCAAAGACAGAUAAAACCAAAGCCCAGCAAUCCUGCAAGGAUGAUUUCCGAGCUGGUGUCUGUCAUUUCUUCACAAUGCUUUCUCCUCGGUGGGCACUCGCGUGGUGCCCCAGCGCAGCUCUCCUUGCUGCUGCACGGGUGUGGAAGCCAAAAACAUCGAUUCGGAAGUGAGAACAGCUGCACUUGGAAAAACCCUUGCAAUGCCUCAGCAAUUGGGUUUCUGGUGUUUGUGAGAGCACCGCUAACUUUGCUUUGGGGAAAAGAGGAAUGAUUAACAAAAGAAAUGCGGUUGUGCUGCCGCAGCCCCUUGCACAGAGCAGCGGGGCUAAAGCUCCUCCAGCUCAGCGCACAGACGCCUCGGCUGUGUGUGUCUGGGGGUGUGGAAGGGCAAAGAGGUGAAACGGCCUCGGGUCAUCACCGCUGCUGGAACGGAUUAUUUAUCAUCAGGGUCACCCCACGGGAGAGCGCACCUCCGCUUCACGUUGGGUGACACCUGUUUUCCGUGCCAGGGCAGGGGGGGAUGGCCGGAAUGGAAUGCAAGCCUUAGGUAACGAGUCCCCUACAGGAACAGGGGGAAAACCAGACAGCCCCAACUGCUCCCGCCGCUCGCGGAGGCAGAGCAGAACUCACAGGCUGUUAUUGACAUUCCGAGGAAUCUUUCAAAUGGCUGAAGUUCAGUGAAUCACUUUGGAAUCUCUUCUAGGUGAAAUAUUUCCACGGGGAUGGAUGCGGCAGACGUUGCAGGAACAUGCACAAGUGUCCUUUGCUGCUCCGAGUGCACAUUUGCUUUCAGUAGCUCAGAUGAGCUCAGUGCAGGGUCUGAUCUCACUGAAGGGUGCUUCCUGAUCAAUGUACUUAGCCUGAUAGCAUCUGUAAAUACCUGAGAAAUAUCUGUGGCCUUGAGAUGCAGAAAUCACGCAGCUGUCCCCAUUAUCAUCUCCGUUCCGCAAGGCAAAAGAAUACCACAGAUGAGAUUUUGGAACGUGGUGCAUUAAUAACACUUGGGAAAAGCAUCCCCUAUCCCUGGGCAUAAGGGCAUCAGCUCUCUCUUCUUCUUGGUUGCAUCAUGCACGGAAAUCAGUCUGGCCACAUUCCUGUGUUUAAAAUAAUCCCAUGUGCUGCACCCGACGCCUGUGCAAAACAUCAGCAGAAGGAGCAGCGUGCAAUGACACCGCAGCACGUGCAUUUAAAAUAAGCCACCAAAAAAAACAAAGGGAGAGCACCUCAGCAAGCAGCACCUGGCUGCGUGCCCCAACAGCAGGGCUCCUUGGGGCUGAUCUCUUUUAAAUAAAGCAACUUCUCAUUCUGAAAAGAAGCUCUUCCCUGUUUCUUUGGGUGCAUUUGUGACAUGAGAUGUCAGACCCCAAAAGCUGCAGAGGGGCUGGGCAGUGCACCCUACCCCUGUCAGUCACCACUGCUGCCAGACACAAAACCCAAGAACACGAGGGGAGUUUUGAGGCAGAAGUUGUAGAGUCCUGUCAACCAAGCCACCCCCACACACCGUCCUAUUUCACACUGACAAAAGCUGAGAUGAAUGAGUGGCUGCCUGGCCCUUCCCACUUUGGACAGCCAUUGGCUGGCUUGGUUCUAAAAAGGAUUUUAAAAAGGGGAAUCAUUUGCCUGUGCCUGGGAACUGAGGCUGUCAGGGUGCUGAGAAGCCGACCCGUGGGCUGCCACCAUGCAGAUCUCCUGGGCUGUGUGCUCUGUCUGCAUCCUCAUCCAAAUCGCAUCCCGGUCGGCCGGAGGGUGGCAAGUUUUCAAAAAUGAUGCGACAGAAAUCAUCCCCGAGAUCACCGAAAACACGGAGACGCCGAUGGAGCAGGCUUCCAGCAACAACAACAACACGAUGAACCAGGCGAAGCACGGGGGAAGGCACAUACACCGUCACACGCUAACCCCCUUCUCCUUUGCAGACGUCUCCGACUUCAGCUGCAGAGAGAUGCGCAUCACCCGCUACGUGACGGAGGGGCCGUGCCGCAGCCUGAAGCCCGUGAAGGAGCUGGUGUGCUCGGGGCAGUGCGUCCCGUCCCAUCUCCUGCCCAACUCCAUCGGCAGAGGGAAGUGGUGGCGGCAGAACGCCCCGGAUUACCGCUGCAUCCCGGCGCACACCCGCACGCAACGCAUCCAGAUGGCGUGUCCCGACGGUGAGACUCGGACUCACAAAUUCCGAGCCGUCACGGCCUGCAAGUGCAAGCGCUACACUCGCUACCACAACCAGUCCGAGCUGAAGGACUUUGGGAAGGAGCCCGCCAGGCCGCAGAAGAGCAAGAAGUCGCGUCUGUCCCGAGCCAGGAGCAGCAAACCGAACCAGCACGAGCUGGAAAACGCCUAUUAGGGAGGAAGCCGUGCCGAGCAAUGCAGCCCAGCAGCUCUGGAUAUUUUACACCACGUAACAACGGCACGCACAGGCCGAGCACGAGGGUCUGACUGCAGGCGGUUCCAAUUCCUUCUGCUACGCUGGGUCAAAGGCUCACAUAGUCAAAAUCCAUCAGAUGAUAGCGGUUAUGGUCUGAGAAUGAGAUAAACCGAGCUGGUGGGAGCAGCAGCAACGUUCAGUCUGAGAGGAGGGGACACCCUGGGGGUCAGCAUGAGACCACCUGGCUUGUACAAGGGAGGCGAGGCUGUUAGGGUGACAGUCACAUCACACCUGGGUAGGAGUCACUCUGCUUGCUGGGCAUGGAAGGAACACUGCAUCCCUUUCCCUUUUCUGAGUCCCAUGGUGCAGGACAAGUGAGGUGGGGCAGCACAAUCCCAAUGGGCUGGGGACGUUGGGGAUGAGGAGGUUGGGGCUGGGUCUCAACUGGACCCAGGCUGCCAGAAGGGAACAUCCUCUGCCAGGUGUCCUCAUGCCCCAGUGGUUUCCCCCGAGAAAGAAAACCAGAAUAUGACAUUUGUGCUCUCAUAAGCGUGACCAAUCUAUGUCACACUUCUAAUUACAAUACUGUAGGGUCAACGGGUUCGGAACUGAGAGCUGACAACCAAACCAUCCUAUUUUUUUAGGAGCAAGGGUUUGGUUUAGGACCAGUUAAGCGAGUUCUCCUAAGGGAAGAAGUUUUACAAAAUGGAUGCUCCUCUCAAGCGAGAUAACCUCACUGAUGUUUGUCCUGUAAAGAGCUAAUGACGUGCACAAUUUAACAUAAAAAGAUACUGAUUAGUCCUUAUUUCCUAGUACACAAUUGACUUUAGUAUCAACCUAGAUAUCUCAAUUCACAUUUCCUGCUCUGUAGUGUUUGAAUUACUUGGCCAUACACCUUGUAGAGCUAAGGCUGUGCAAGCCAAGUUCUGGGAGAAGGGUUCUGCGUGAGAAGUGAGCCUCUGCUAAUUUGAAAGUCAUUAAUUCCUUUAGAAAAGCCUUUGGUAUGUGCAGCUUUGGUACGUCUUUAGUUUGACAGCAACUUUACUUAGCUUCUCAACAUUCAGACUAACGUUUGUGUUUUACAUUAAAGAAUAUUACUGGGAAGUGAAUAGCCACAUGCUGUAUAUAUCCUGUAGAAGUGCUAGGCCUAGUAUCAGAUGAAGACAACUUGGGAUAAAGACAGUUCCUCUCCGUUCUUAUUUUCUGUGUAGAGCUUAUGCAGAGAUCAUAUAGACUAUGGCAAUUUGCCGCGUUGAUUAUAGAUUUUGCAAUUAUUUUAUGUGGGACCAGAAUCUAGAGAGAAAAGCUAUUGUUUCAAAGAGUGAAUUAUGUAUUUAUUUUGUCUCAAAAAUUAUUUAUGCAAUGUUUUUCCUUGUAGAGAAUGAGAAG